AUGAAUAACCGUUAUUUUUAUAACCGCGCAUAUUAUCUUGCUGUAUUAUCCGCUGCUUUGCAAGACAAGAAUUCAACAUUGAACGUAAAAGUAGAAUUUGGCGCACUUGAUGGAGAUAGGCGUCGUUCAAUUAUUUUACUUAAAGAAUUUUUUAUUCCUAAUUUUAUUAUUCGAAUAUUACCUUAUAUUCCAAUGGAUGUAUUUUCUCCUCAACGCUUCUCACCAUCCCGCAAUAAUAUUAGAAAAACAAAUAAUGUAAUAAUUAAAGGAACAACAAAUUCCACUACUUUAGAAUCUUUACGGGAAGCUUUUGAAACUUUAGAAUUGACAACAGUUAUGCCAACUGAAACACCAAUUCUAAAAAAAGCAUUUUUCUCAAUUAGAUUUAAUUCACUAUUUGAUAAAAAAGGGAAAGCUUCAAUUGAGAUAUUUAACCCGUUAAAUACAGUGAUAAGAUUUUUAAUGAUUGAUGCGAAUGUUACAGUGAAAGAUGAAUUAAUUAGAAUUAUUAAUCAAAAAUUUGCUAUAAAAAGUUUAGUAGAUACUGUAAAUGGUGAUUUGAAAGUUAAUGUUACAAGUGAUACUUUAAUUAGUGUUGGAAAUGAUUAUAGUAGAUUUAUGGUUGAUGUCGAUUACU